AUGCCAGGCUUCCUGCUACAUGGUCCACUGGUAAGGCUGUGCGUGGGCCUCGCAUGUGUCCUGUCCCUUUACAACACAGAGUCUGCCUUUAAAGGGGACGCCAAGAAGGAAAAUUUCAUGACCUUCCUACUUACAGCACUGUCUGGCCUCCGAGGAGAAGAGAGUAGAGAAAAGGGGGUCGCUUUUCUGGAUACCACAGAGCUGCCUGCAAUGUCGGUUGAUCUGUCUGCACUUAACCUGACAGAGCUGGUGAACGGAAUGCUGAUCAGAGCUUUAAAAGAUAGCAAGAAAUUUUUUUCCUUGCUGAGUGUUACUUCCUAUAGCUCCUUUGCCUUCCACAAGUUUUCUGUGGCCAUUUACAACAUUUCUAACCUGAAGACUGUGGACCCGGCCAAAUUCCCCACACGGUACUGUUACUGCUUAAACAACCGGACCAACGAUUUAUCAGAUUUCACAGCCCUACUGGUGGACAUCGUUGGAAAUUCUACCAGCUACCUCACAGAGAUUUUUAAGUCAACCUCCAUCCUCUCAGUGAGUCAAGCGAAUGAAUCUGACUGCAUCUUCAUCUGUGUGAUGUCAGGAAAGUCAGGAAGGAAUCUUUCUGACUUCUGGGAGAUGGCGGAAAAAUCUCCUGUUAUCAAUUACACAUUUACCAGCAGCAUGUCUGGUGUUCUGGGUGAGUCUACCAGGGGGACGGCCCUGACUUCACAGCUCACACCCGCAAGCCAGCAAACACUACCAAGGACAAGCCCCCCACGUGGAUCCCAGAACGCGGGAGUGUCUGCUCUGAGAAGCUCUCCCUGGACAGAGUCAACCCCUCCUUCAGAGGGAGAGCAGACCAUGAGCACAAACAAGCGUCCUGAGGGUCACAGCAGAGCCCCGGCCAGAGCUACCGCCACCCUGGACAGCGCCUCUCCCACCCUCCCAGCCUGGGUUACCAGGAAGGUGGCUGGAACUCCAUGGGUGACAGCCCACAGGCAGGCAUGGGCUUCCACACUACCUGUGCCCUGGGCUCAGGCCACCAGUGAGAAAACACCUGGAGGGCUUCCCUGGGAAACACUUUCCUCCUCGCCGACAUCUCCUGCAGAGGCCGAGGAGGCCAUGAACACGCGGAGCUUUUCCGAGACUCCUGCCAAGACAGCGGCCACGCCUGGCAGCCCAUCAGGGACCAGCCCAACCUCAGGCCCAUUCACCCCUGGCACACAGACUCCAAGCCCUACCAAGGCUCCGGCCCCCAGAUAUCCACAGGCAGGUGAUCUCCCUGCUGCGUGGCCCUUUACGCCUGGAGAAGAGCCAGCCCUCGUCCCAGGACCCCACCAGGUUUCAAGGUGUCCUGAGCCGCUCCUCAAGGAGGGGGCCAUGACCCCUGCUCCUCUCACGCUGGCCAUCCAGAAGCUCAACCCUUGCCUGAUGGAGCUGUGCCGCCUUUUCCAGCAAUGCCUCUGCAUGAGCCAGAAGAGAGACCCCAGGAUGGAGGCAGCGAGGUAUUGUCUUGAAUACUAUUCCUGGUUUCUAAAGAAUGCAACAUACAUCUGUCAGAGGGUGAAAAGGGUGUUCCACUCACACACCUUAAAACAAAAAUGCCUCGAGAAUAUCUGCAAGUCUGUUUGA